AGGGGGUUGCCCACUCUGUCAAUGUCAUCAAAACACUGUACCCGAACAUUUGAUUUGGUUAUAUAUGCAAAACUCGGUGGAGUCGCGGAGCUUUAUAAUGACUUGUCAUCUUGUCUCUGGACCAUUCGGCUACCGGGAGCGACAGCUGCGCUUCAGACUCGGGAUGAUCGCCGAGGGUUUUCCUACACCGUUGAAACCGUAGCGAUUUCUCCAGCUAGCAUGCGAGUCCACUGCAUGUGGAUCUGCUCUCUGUGGACGCUGCUCUUCCAGCCCGGGCGGUUGUUAAGGAUCCCGCAGACGGCUUCGGCGAGGCAGACAGAGCAGAACAGCGUGCAGGGGGUCGUCUCGCAGGCGAUUCAGAAACUGCACGAAGUAUUUGAGAUUGGAGACUUGCCGCCAAACUUUCUUCCCCGCAGGAGACCUCCUCAGUUCAUGCUGGACCUGUUCAACGCUGUGGCGGACUCAAACGGCAUAACCAGGGAUCCGGGGAUUUUGGAAGGCAACAUUGUGCGGAGUUUUGAGGACAAAAUGCAAUCCGAUCAAACAUAUCAUCUUUUCAACCUGUCAUCUUUUGGAAAGAAUGAGAAAAUGAUCAAAGCCGAACUUCGGAUAUUCAAAUAUAAACAUAACUUUGUCGCUGGAAAACCGUUCGGGCAUCGUUUCUGCAAAGUGGAUAUUUACGAGUCACUCGACGGCGAGACGAAGCCCUGGAGAGGAAACCUGAUUGCCUCCCGAUUACUGCCCUUGUUCGCCCAGGGUUGGGAGGUGUUCAACGUCACACUCACUGUUUCAAAAUGGAUUCACAACAGCGAUUCCAGUCCUGGUUUCCUGAUCGUGACGACCCUGGCCUCAGGAAACGCGCUGGGACCCAGCGUAACGACUGCCGACAGGUACCAGAGACGCGCUGGCGGAAAACGAGCCUUCUUGGUUCUCUUCUCUGAUGAUGGGAGAAGGGCGUCAAAGACCCAUAUUUCACAUUUUCCAGGAGAAAGCACCAUUGCUGGGGGUCAGGCAGCCCCUGCGCCAGUCCAGGCAGAGAACGCAGCUUCUCCAAGCAAGACGAGAAGCCGGAUCCGGACAGCCCGCGCGGCCCCAUUCUACGCUGAAGGGUAUCCGAAGUCAUGCCAAAGGCUGCCUCUGUACGUGGACUUUGAGGAGAUCGGCUGGUCAGGGUGGAUCAUCUCUCCACGGGGUUACAACGCCUACCACUGCAAGGGCUCUUGCCCCUUUCCACUGGGAGAAGGGUUAAGGGCCACCAACCACGCCACCGUGCAGUCCAUCGUGAACGCUCUGAAGCUGUCUAGCGAGGUGGAGAUGCCCUGCUGCGUCCCUGACAAGCUGCACUCCAUUAACCUCCUGUACUUCGACGAUGAAGAAAACGUUGUGCUCAAGCAGUACGACGAUAUGGUUGCAGUUAGCUGUGGCUGCCACUAGCCAGCAGGGUUAGACGGUGAUGACCCUGCCAUCAAAGCAAAGGGGAAAGUGAACAACAGACCCACCGAGCUGAUUCGCAAAAGGUUUGGAGCAUGAAAAACCCCUCUAUUAUACAGUAGGCAGUUCGGCAUACAAGCUGGAAGAAGACCACAGCCAUGCUGAGAAAGGCCGUUCUUUCUCUUUCUAACAAGCACACUGUUCUAGAAGAUUAACAACAUGCCCUGGCUGUUUAGCACAGUUAAUGGGAUCUCGCAUAAUAAUCUGUUCCCUACUGUUCUUAGCUCAUUGUAUUUGAUUGUUGGUGAUUUUGUUUGUUACAGUUUUGCUGUUCGUUGUUUUUAAUUUGUAUA